GUACGACUCACGGUUGCUAAGAGACGGAGCUUCCACAAACCAGAACCAGAUAGAGGUUCUCCAGCUUUUCUUCGAUUGUCUCUGCUUUAGCGUCUCUAAAUCCGGUCACCAUGUCGGACCCCGAAGGCGAGACCUCGCGAAGCACCUUUCCCUCUUACAUGGCGGAAGGCGAGCGGCUCUACCUGUGCGGAGAAUUCUCUAAAGCCGCUCAGAGCUUCAGCAACGCUCUUUACCUUCAGGAUGGAGACAAGAACUGCCUGGUUGCUCGCUCAAAGUGCUUCCUGAAGAUGGGAGACUUGGAGAGAUCCCUGGAGGAUGCUGAGGCUUCGCUCCAGAGUGACCCAACUUUCUGUAAGGGGAUUUUACAAAAGGCUGAGACACUGUACACAAUGGGAGACUUUGAGUUUGCCUUGGUAUUCUAUCAUCGAGGCUACAAGCUGAGGCCUGAUCGGGAAUUCAAAGUUGGCAUUCAGAAAGCCCAGGAAGCCAUCAACAACUCAGUGGGAAGUCCUUCUUCCAUUAAGCUGGAGAACAAAGGGGACCUCUCCUUCUUAAGCAAGCAGGCUGAGACUAUAAAAGCCCAGCAGAAGCCUCAGCCCAUGAGACACCUCUUACACCCUACCAAGGGAGAGCCCAAGCGGAAGGGCUCACUCAAGAGUGAGAAGACUGUUCGCCAGCUUCUGGGGGAGCUCUACGUGGACAAAGAGUAUCUGGAGAAGCUCCUAUUGGAUGAAGACCUGAUCAAAGGCACCAUGAAGGGCGGCCUGACUGUGGAGGACCUCAUCAUGACGGGCAUCAACUACCUGGAUACUCACAGCAACUUCUGGAGGCAGCAAAAGCCGAUCUAUGCUAGGGAGCGGGACCGGAAGCUGAUGCAAGAGAAAUGGCUGCGGGACCACAAACGCCAUCCCUCACAGACAGCCCAUUACAUCCUCAAGAGCCUGGAGGACAUUGACAUGUUGCUCACAAGCGGCAGUGCUGAAGGGAGUCUUCAGAAAGCCGAGAAAGUGCUGAAGAAGGUACUGGAAUGGAAUAAGGAAGAGGUUCCCAACAAGGAUGAACUGGUUGGAAACUUAUAUAGCUGCAUAGGGAAUGCCCAGAUUGAGCUGGGGCAGAUGGCGGCAGCCCUGCAGAGCCACAGAAAGGACCUGGAGAUCGCCAAGGAAUAUGACCUUCCUGAUGCAAAAUCCAGAGCCCUUGACAACAUUGGCAGAGUUUUUGCCAGAGUUGGGAAAUUCCAGCAAGCCAUUGACACGUGGGAAGAAAAGAUCCCUCUGGCAAAAACCACCCUGGAGAAGACCUGGCUGUUCCAUGAGAUUGGCCGCUGCUACUUGGAGCUGGACCAGGCCUGGCAGGCCCAGAAUUAUGGCGAGAAGUCCCAGGAGUGUGCCGAGGAGGAAGGGGACAUCGAGUGGCAACUGAAUGCCAGUGUUCUGGUGGCCCAGGCACAAGGCCUUGGACGAUGCCAACAAGGGUAUCAUCGGAGAAUUGAGGAAAACCAACUACAUGGAGAAUCUCAAAGAAAAGAGCGAGGGAGGUGAGUUCCUGAACUCUGAAAAGGCAACUUCAGCAUUCUCUCUCUGCUUUCUCUUCCUCUAGUCCGAGACACACGUGACAGCAGCUCCCCCGUCUGGGAGCUUGGCACUGCCCACCAUGGAUUCUGAUUUCAGUGCUACCAGCAGCCCUAGCCUAUCUCUGGGGCAGUAGAGGGCGAGGUUUCAGGCCACCAUGGGCUGGACUGUCUGACCCCAGAGCGCACUCAUUUCUCUCUUCAACUGAUUCAUCAAGUAUAUGUUGAGCACUUGUCAUGUACCUGGAAGUUGUUAGAUUCUGGGAAGACAGAGGCACAUCCCUGCCCUGGAGGAGCCCAUGGCCCUUUGGGCAAGGCUGACCAGUGGAGUUGUCAGCUGCUGGGCUCCUGCAUGCAGGUGCUACACCGAGGUGGAGGUGUGCUGCCAUGAGGGUGCAUGCAACGGGACGCGGGCUCCUCUGGGGAGGCAGAGGAGUCUUCGACGAGGAAGAAUCAUCUACCUCCAACUCCAAAAGAUGCCCAGGAGUUUUCCAGGAGAGAGGUGGGAGAAGAAAGGCAUUUCCAGCAGGGAACAGCAGGACCAAAGGCACAGAGACAGAAUAACAGUAGCUACCCUUUGGGGGCUCUUACUUAGUGCCGGGCACUGGGUUAAGCACCAGACAGGAGUGAUCUUGUUGGUCUUUACCCCGCUAGGAGGUGUAGGUGCUAUGGGGGGAAACGGAGGCUGAGUGAGGUGAGUGCUCUGUCAGAGUCAUGUAGCUAGGGAGGGGUGACUUGGGGCCCCACUCUCCCCACUACGGUGCUGCUCUCGGGCCAGCAGUGUGAUGGGCAGGUGCAGAGGGACACGAGGUGCAGAGGCUGCCUGGCAGCUGUGCCUUACCACAUUCUUUCUCACAAGGUCUCCAGGGAGUAAAGAGGCCUUUGGCCCCUGCCUUUGGGCUCUCCUUUCCUGCAGGGUGGGAGUGAGGGAAGGAGAAGCAGAAGAUGGCUGAGCAGCCCUAUCCCACUGGAGAGGGGCCUAGAGGAGCAGAGGUGUUAAGCGCAGUAGCCGACCCCCAUUCAUGUUUUCUGCAGGCCAGGCAUUCUUCCAAAGGCUUGGUGCGCAUGGACUCAUCCUACCCGUAUCCGUUGAGGAACACUAUGAAGGAAGUGUUAUUAGCUUGACUUUAUGGAGGACAUGGAGGCAGAGGGGUCAGAGGCUACAGUGGUUUUCAGUCUUGGGCGAUCUGCUCUAGAAGCCAUGCGUCGGCCGGUGCCACACUGUUUCUAGUGACACAGACAGCCUUUUCCUGCCCCAGUCUCCGGAGCUCUGACUCCAGCCAGACUGUGGUGAACAGAGCCGGGGCUGGGGGCCUGGGAGGCCACAGCCCAGUGCAGAUUCUUGGCUGCAGCCCUCCAGGCUGCAAGGCUGACAUCCUCUCUGGUCCAGGUAGGGCAGCGGGAGGUUUCUGGGCACCUGAGCAGCCAGAUGACAGCCCUUUAUUAUCCAGCACCUGUUCUGUGGUGGCUGGACCCCCUCAGAGGGGCUCUGUCUCCGCCCCCACAUGCCCUUUGAGCUGCUCUGAGAAGCCACAGGAGCAACCGCUGUGGAGAGAGACUGCGGGGAAGCAGCCAACACCCCAAUCUCCCUGCCUUGGCCUGCGUCCUUGUGCCUGGAGAACUGCCGGGCACUUCCCUCUCAUAACAGCAGGUGGCAGCAUUGCAUCUGUUUUCACCUCCAAAGGGCUGUGAUCCCUGAGACCGGAGACCCUCUGCAGACACCUCAGUGGUUGCCAGGAGAAGAACGUAAGGGAGAUGCAGAAGGGGAUGUAACUUUUCUCCAUAACUGAUUAAAAAACAAACAAACAAACAAAAAAACAACAUUUAGGAGCAAGGAUCCCUUUGCCUGUAAAAUAACUCAUCAGCUGAACUUUUUUGUUAGCAGCUUAUAUCUUUAUUGGAAACCUAUCUUUUUUCCUAUGUUUUUUCCUAUAUUUUCAUAGGAAACCUCCCAACAAAUAAUGAAUGUGUCAGAAUGAAGAUGCUGGAGAAAACCCUUCUGUCGUUUGCCAGCACCUAUGCUAUUUCUUGUAGAGAAAAGAGAAGGUGCUCUGGGGUCAGACUGUCUUGGGUUCAAAUUCUGGCUCUGCCAUUUCUUACUUGCAGUGUGACCACUGUGUGAUUUCUUUUUCUUUUUUUUUUGAAACGGAGUCUUGUUCUGUCAUCCAGGCUGGAGUGCAGUGGUGCAAUCUCGGCUCACUGCAACCUCCACCUCAGCC